AUGUCCUCGGCCACCGAUGGCAGUCCUGCGCAGAUGCCCGAGGCUUUGACCGCUCCGUGCUCGAUAUCGAUCACCGAUUCAACCGCCCUCGGGCAUCCGCUGGAAGUAUCCCGCCACACCCCCGUUAUCGACCACACCGCCUACCCCCAGAUUAUGGAUAUCAUCUUCGGCGCGGCGUCCGGUCCGCUCCUUGUCGCCUUCCGCGCGACCUGCCGCACCUACCGCGACCGAGUCAAAGCCGUCCUCGCCAAGCACCUCGCGCUUACCGACACGCACCUGCUCUCCGCGCUCAGCCGUACGCCACACCGCCCCUGUUUUCCGCCGGCGGCCCUCGACUGCUUCGAGCACUUCGCGCUUCAACCGUCUCCCCACGUCGCCGACGCGGCCGGCGCGCCCAUCCUCCGCAUCCGCGACGCUCCGCUCACAGUCAUCGACGCCAUUGCCCCGUCUACCGUCGUGGUCUACGGAUGGCUCCGCCCCAAAGGCGAGGAGCUCCCCGAGGCGCGUCUGAUGAUGCUCGGCUCCUCGCGCCGCAGGUCGCCCGUCGAGCACUGCAGCACCGUGCGCAAGGUCGUCAUCGUCAUCGACGGCGUGCCCAACUACACGUGCUACGCGAAUGGCAUGGUGUCCGCCUGGCCCUCUAUCACCGACAUCACCGUGCUCUAUGUUCCCAAAGAGCCUGCCACCCCACAUGGCAAGCAGUGCUCCGGUUCUGACUUCAUCACGCUAGACACUAAAUUCGGUAACAUCCUUUGCGAGGUGUUUCCGCCCAACCGCUCGCGCACCGCCAAUCCCCGCUUGACGCUCGUGAACGCCGACGCCAUCCCCGUGGGCUCUUUCCCAAGCUAUGGCCGCGUCGGACACUGGGCGCGCAGCUGUUUCAAUCCCCUUGUCGCGAGGGGUCCGUACAAUGACGACAAUAUGCUCCGGCCCAUGUCUGAUAACACUCUGCGAAAGUACGUCCAUGUUGUGCACCAGAGCCGCGUGGACGUCUACGACACAAUCCGUUUCCUCUCGCUCGACGAGUACGAAGCCGAGGUCGGCGCCGAAGCAUUCGCGCUCGAGACCGACCCCACUUUUGCACUGCGUUAG